AUCUCUAUUCCAGUUAUAGUAUUUAUACUACAUGAUCUUACAAUAUCUUGCAAUGUUCAAUACCGGAAUUCUCCCGGCGCAUCAAAAUUUUCAAAUAUCUUAACCUCAAGAUCUGUAUGACGCUGAUUUGGGGUGUUUGGUUUUAAGAUUGGAAUAUCAGGAAAAUUCGAAAUUCAACGUCGCAGAUUACGUCAGGAAUGACUAUGUUUUUGUUCUUCCCUCUUCAACCUCCGACGUUGUUAGCAUACGAAUCACUUGCUCUUUUUUUCAGUGCAAAUAUACUUUUCAACACUAAUUACCUUUGGUUUUUGUCCAAUACUAGACUGAUAGUAUAAAUAUGAAUAUAAAUAUCUUACAGGUCACUGAUGGCACUGUAGAUUACCUUCCAUGUUACAAACAUUUUUUGUUGUCCCAUGUAACUGACCUGCCUUGACCUCACACUUGACAAAAUUGAGAUAAACAAUUAGAAAGUGGGGAAUCUAUUUUAGAUCAUUCAUGUCUGAAAUAGAGAGUGUACAGUAAGCAAGGUACGAAAGAAAGUUCAUGUGUUUUCUAAGAUAUUCCGUAUUAAAAGUAUUAUAAGAAUGGCUCCGAUAUUGUAUUAGGCGGUGGCAAGUGCUCCGGCGCGAAGCGUUCUUCUUACAGGAAGAGCCCUUGGAAUCACGUUUAAUUUAAAACCUAUAAAUUUAUUUGCUGGUGAACAAUUGCAACCACAAUUCGUAAAGAUAAAUCCGCAACAUACCGUUCCAACAUUGGUAGAUGACGAUGGAUUUGUUGUCUGGGACAGCAAUGUAAUUAAUUCUUACUUGGUUGAAAAAUAUGGUGAAGAUGAUUCUUUGUACCCAAAAGAUUUGAAGAAAAGAACCUUAGUUAAUCAAAGGUUACACUUCAGUAGUGGAACUCUUUAUCCCAGGUUUAUUAACAUCUGUGGUCCCAUAUUGUUUGGAAACAUAAAAGAAAUACCAAAGGAGCCAGCUGACAGUUUAAAAGAGGCUUAUGGCUUUUUGGAAACGUUCCUGACCGAAAGGGAUUUCGUUGCUGGUAACCAGUUAACUAUUGCUGACUUGAAUAUUGCUAGCCUUCUUACUAAUGCAGAAGCUUCUGUGCCUGUGUUUACCCCCGACUUCCCGAAAAUAAGCGCAUGGUUCCAAAGGAUUCAGUCACUUCCAUACUUUAACGAGAUUAAUGAAAACGGAAGAAAGCAAUUUGCAGAAGCUAUUAAAUCCAAACUUACUUAAGAGCGUCACAAUUGAUUUUGGUGUUAAAAUAUUGUUGAACAUACUGGUGUUGUAUAAUUUAACUUUUCAAUGAAUAUACUU